AGAAGGAGCAGCCCUGGGAGACGCCCUGCACUCAGCUCCUCGUCUCUGUCGCCACACCGGGCUGUGAUGGGUUUCCCAGCCUGGACUCCAAGGAGAGCUAUAAGCUGUCUGUCUCGGAAGGCUCCUUGCUGCUCUCUGCGGAUGCCGUCUGGGGAGCUCUCAGAGGCCUGGAAACAUUCAGCCAGCUCGUUGGGAGAGACGAGAACGGCACGUACUACAUCAACAAGACAGAAAUCGUGGACUUUCCUCGCUUUGCUCACCGAGGGCUGUUGCUGGACACCUCUCGUCACUACCUGCCUCUGAGAGCCAUCCUGGAGACUCUGGAUGUCAUGGCUUACAACAAGUUCAAUGUGUUUCACUGGCACAUUGUGGACGACCCGUCUUUCCCCUACGAGAGCUCCACCUUCCCAGAGCUCAGCAAGCAGGGAGCCUUCCAUGCCGUGACCCACGUGUACACAGCCAGCGACGUGCAGAAGGUGAUCGAGUACGCCCGGCUGCGUGGCAUCAGAGUCAUCGUGGAGUUUGACAGCCCGGGGCACACCCUCUCCUGGGGGCCAGGUGCUCCAGGCCUCCUGACUCCCUGCUAUUUGGGCAAGGAUCCUUCUGGGACCUAUGGGCCCAUCAACCCCAUCCUUAACAGCACCUACCAGUUUGUGAGCAGUUUGUUUGGAGAGGUCGGCACUGUGUUCCCAGACUUCUUUCUUCACCUCGGUGGUGACGAGGUGGACUUCACGUGCUGGAAAUCCAAUCCAAAAAUUCAUGCCUUCAUGAAGGAGAUGGGCUUUGGUGAAGAUUACAAAAAAUUAGAGUCAUUUUACAUCCAGAGGCUUCUAGACAUCAUCUCUUCCCUUGGCAAAGGUUAUAUCGUGUGGCAGGAGGUGUUUGACAACGGAGUGAAGGUGAGGCCAGACACCAUCAUCCAUGUGUGGAAGGAGAACCCCCCGCCCUACAUGGAGGAGAUGGCAAACGUCACCAAGGCUGGCUACCGUGCUCUGCUCUCUGCCCCCUGGUACCUCAACCGCAUCUCCUACGGACAGGACUGGACGGCAGCCUACCAGGUGGAACCCUUGAAGUUUGAAGGCAGCCCUGAGCAGAAGGAUCGGGUGAUUGGUGGCGAAGCAUGCAUGUGGGGUGAAUACGUAGACGUUACUAACCUGGCCCCCAGGCUCUGGCCAAGAGCUGGGGCCGUAGCCGAGAGACUGUGGAGUAACGCGACCGUCAGGGACCUGCAGGACGCCUACGUGCGACUGGCUGACUUCCGCUGCAAGCUCCUUGGGCGUGGUGUCCAGGCGCAGCCACUCUACAUAGGGUACUGUGAACACGAAUUUGGCGGGUUUUGA